GCUUUGUAAUGGAAACCGAGGCUGGCUUAUCCACACACGGCCAACCUGAUCCCUGUCUCUGUCUCUCUCGCUCUCUCUCCCUCUCCUCUCCUUCCUUUCUGCCGCAGCUCGUGUCUUCAAUUCCAAUUUCAUUGCGCUGCGUGUGGAUUCCGUCUACACCUCAAUUAUCUCCGGGCUCACAGACAUGGCUUUGCGAGCGUCGGCCCAGGCUACGUUGAGUGUAACUGCCAUCACGCAUAUUCAAUAUGACAACCAGUCUGCAGCAACUACAGCUGGAGCCGCAAGUUCAGUGCGGAGGCCUGGUAUCUCGCGGACAUGCAGAGUGUCCCACUCCCUGCAUACGAGCAGGAAGCCAGCAAUUAGUGCGGUGCAUCGUACUAGUUCAAUAAGGAUGGAAGGGGCCCCAGUUGCCACAACCAGCGAGGCAGGUUCCCUUGACAAGGAAGAAGGACCUUUACUGUCGGAUACUGUGGACGUUUCGGAACAUGUUGCUGUCCUGAAAAGAGCUGCUAAAACAAAGAAGGUCCCUCCGACUGAGGUAUUUGCCGCCAUUAGAGCUAUUGAGAAGGCGAAAGUGAAUCCUUCAAACUUUCUUCAAUAUCUCGGUGGUACUCAGUCGCCUGGGCGGACAUGGAUGCUUGUGUUUACUGCUGGCAAGAACUUGGUCAGGGACGCUCUCCAAGGAGGUCCUGGUGGAGGCAAGUACCUGCCUGUAACAGCAGUACAGAACUUUGAUGCAGCGGCCUUGAGAAUUGAGAAUGGAGUCUACCUUGGCCCUCUGGGCGCGCUUGCCUUUGAAGGCAGAUUUUCAAUGAACAAAAGAAUCCUAGCUUUUUUGUUUGACAAGGUGAAGAUCAAGAUUGGAUCUCUUCCACACUUCUCAAUAAAUAUCGGCAAAAAAGAGGAUGAAGGGCGAACUCCUGGUAACACCGACCCAUUCUUUAUCUGGUUUUACGCAGACGAUGAGAUAAUUGUUGCCAAGGGAAGAGGUGGUGGUUUAGCAUUCUGGUGUCGCUGCAAGCGGGUUUCUGAAAAUUUCUGAACAUCAUUGCACCGUGUGCGUCAAAGCCAAGCAUGCACGAGGCCGAUGUAUCUCUACAUCCUUGUAGAAUACGCAUGUAUAUGUUAACCCCUGUCCAACUAGAAUCUUGUCUGCAUCUAGGAUUGCGAACUAGCAGAGUGUCUUACUGAAAAUUCUGGAAGUUCAAUUGCAGCCUGACGCGAAGGGAGAGCUAGUGAAUCAAUCAGUCGACAAGUUAAAGAUACUUUUAGGUAUCGAUACUAUGUUAACGUUUGUGUAUCUCUGUAAACAAUGUGAAUGCAAUAACUCUGUAUGUGCUACUCAGGGAUCCUGAGACCA